AUUGUAACGUUUCCAGUUUCCAAGAAGAAACUUGGACGGUUACUAUUGAUGCCAGUAUGCCAGUCAAGACUGCCUAGACAAGUCUAAAACCUUUUACCAACCAUCCUCAGACAAAUUUCACUGGCGCUCAUAUGACCUAAUGCAGUUGCGAGCGCCGUAAAAACCUCUACUACUACUACAAAUUUUAUAUUCACAAAAAUUUAUCCCUGUAGAUCUAGUGUGUAAAAACUAUAUAGAUCUAAUAAGCAUUAAACUUGCGGUGUCUGUUCUUGGUGAUCAUAUUGGAACCCCAAGUCAAGAACCGCUACAUGGUUCCCAGUCUCUGCGAUGGAGAAAUAUUGCCAAUACUGUGAUGUCAAACUACAUGCAGGAGAUUUUGAAACUCAUUGCAAAGGGAAGCGACACAGAACCAACAUGAAUGCUAAAGUUUCACGCAUGAAAUUGGAAGAAGCUGCUUCAAGAAGAGUGUUUAUUCAAAAUGUCCAAGGUGUGAAGGAGCCCGGGAGGCUGGAAAAACUGACAGAGUAUUUCUCCCGGUUUGGAAAAAUCAAGUUCAUCCGAUUUGCCACUGUUGGGGCCUUUGUGGAGUUCCGAGAUGCCAGCUCGCCGGGGAAAGUGCUGAGCUGUAGGGAGCACGUCUGCCGCGGCGUCCGUCUGUCGGUGAAGGAGUACACGCUGCGGCCGGACAGACAGACGGUCAAGCAGGAGAAGGAGCAGAAGGAGCAGGAGGAAAAACUGAGAUCUCAGACACACAUCAUGGGGCUCCUGAUGUCUGCGCGCGAUGUUGAGGAUCAGAUGUCGCGGCUGUCGCAGCAGUUGAGGUUGACGGCGAAAGAUGAAGCGGAGAGGGCAGGGAUUUGUGCCGACCUUACAGCGAUCUUCUCUCCUUUCUUCGACUCUUGCCAGAUUUACCAGUUUGGAUCGUCGCUCAAUGGAUUUGGCCUCCAGGGCUGUGACCUUGACCUGUUCAUCGAGCUUAAUCAAGGCGACGCCUCAACUUCCUCCGUGCGCAAGCGACCGAUCCCCCUCCCCUACCACCGCGACCUCAAGUCUCUGUGCCAGUUCUCCCACGGCCCACUCAGCACACAGCUCUUGGACCAAGUUGACUCGCUGGAUCUGGUGAAGCUGUUGUCCCGGAUUCUGUCCUCCCACAAGAGCGACUACUCCGAAGUCUUGACCAUCCCAAGUAGCCGCUGUCCAGUCAUCCGUUUCUCACACAACCCCUCGGGCAUCAAGUGCGACCUGUCGUUCAGCAACAGAGUUGCGCUGUUGAACAGCCGGCUCCUGCGCCUGUACAGCCAAGAGCCCCGCGUACACGCCCUCGUGACCACCGUCCGGCUGUGGGCGCAGCGACAGAACCUGGCGGCCACCGCGCAGUUCGGCCAUCUGCUGACCAGCUACUCCCUCACCUGGCUGGUGCUCUUCUUUGUCCAGAGCCAGGAGCCGGCCUUACUGCCCUCGGUGGAACAGGUGCCCGACCGUGUGCCCGGUGCUGAGACUGUGAGUGUGUCGGACUUCUCCUGUGUCUCUGUGCCCGUGCACGCUCACCUGCCCGCUUCCACCAACACCACAUCGUCCGGAUUUUUUGAGUUCUACACGUCUAAAGUGAAGUUGUCCUCUGAUAUUCUGGUGACCAGAGACGUGGAGACGCUGACAGCGGCGCAAUUUACGGAGAAACCUUUCUCUCAGGAGUGUGGGACGAGUUUUCUGACGGUGGUCGACCCGUUUGUACUGUCCCACAACGUGACCAAGAACGUCAACGAGAGGACCAGGGAGCGGCUUAUCUGGCAGAUCCACAGGGCGCGGGACCUCCUCACACAGUCGCCAGGCGCUGGAGUCGACGACAGGAGCAAACCCUGGGGGCUGGCAG